AUGGCAGCAUCCUCUCGUCACCCCGCCGCGUUCCUUGCUCCCAGGGAAGCAGGUGGCUCCGCGUGGCUCCCCAAAACCCUGCCGGAGCCAGUGGAGCAUGACAGAGAGUUUCACCAUCAGCGCUGCCACUACCGAGAGUUCAGGUUUGAUCUCUCCAGAAUCCCAGAGGGGGAAGCGGUGACGGCUGCCGAGUUCAGGAUAUAUAAGGAUUACAUCCGUGAACGCUUCGAUAAUGAAACGUUCCAGAUUAGUGUCUACCAGGUACUCCAGGAGCACCCGGGAAGGGAUUCAGAUUUGUUCCUGCUCGACUCUCGAACAAUCUGGGCCGCAGAAGAAGGGUGGCUGGUGUUUGACAUUACUGCAACCAGUAAUCACUGGGUGGUGAAUCCCCAACACAACCUUGGCCUGCAGCUAUCCGUGGAAGGCGUCGAUGGGCAAAGCAUCAAUCCCAAACUGGCGGGUCUCAUUGGAAGGCACGGCCCACAGAACAAGCAGCCAUUCACGGUAGCCUUCUUCAAAGCCACCGAGGUCCAUCUCCGCAGUAUUCGCUCCACGGGAGGGAAGCAAAGGAGCCAGAAUCGAUCAAAACCGCCAAAGAACCAGGAAGCUUUCCGGGUGUCGAACAUCGCAGAGAACAGCAGCAGCGACCAGCGACAAGCCUGCAAGAAGCACGAGCUCUACGUCAGCUUCAGGGACCUGGGGUGGCAGGACUGGAUCAUCGCUCCGGAGGGCUAUGCUGCAUAUUACUGUGAAGGAGAAUGUGCUUUCCCGUUGAACUCGUACAUGAAUGCUACAAAUCAUGCCAUUGUACAGACACUGGUUCACUUUAUAAACCCAGAGACUGUGCCGAAACCCUGCUGUGCUCCUACACAACUCAAUGCCAUCUCAGUGCUCUAUUUUGAUGACAGCUCCAAUGUUAUCUUAAAAAAAUACAGGAACAUGGUGGUACGAGCAUGUGGCUGUCAUUAG